UAUACAUGGGGAUCGUGCGGUCAAUGGCCCUUUACGGGUCACCAGUUUGGGCGGAUGGACUGACGGCGCCCAAUGUCGCUUUGCUACGAAGUUCGCAGCGAGCGAUGGCCAUCAGAGCGAUAAGGGGUUACCGCACGAUCUCUUUCGAGGCUGCAAGCCUCCUAGCUGGAUCCCCACCCUGGGACUUGGAAGCAAAGGCUCUCGCAUCACUAUAUAGGUGGCGCGGGGAGCUGGCUGCCCGGGGCGAGCGAUAUCCACCUCGAGUUCUUGAGGCACGAAGGACUGAACUCCGUCGUGACACAAUAACGGAGUGGAAAACACGACUUGCGCAACCUAGUGCAGGGCACGCCAUUAUAGCGGCAGUAAGUCCCGUCAUGGAGGCGUGGAUCGGCAGAGGGCAUGGUGUCCUAACCUUCCGGUUAACACAGGUACUUUCCGGACAUGGCUGCUUUGGAAAGUACUUGCUUCGCAUAGGCCGGGAGCAGACAUCGGUGUGUCAUCACUGCGAUGGUGGUUUGGAGGACACGGCGCGGCAUACACUCGAAGAAUGUUCUGCAUGGGCAGAGCCGCGCCGUGAACUCAUUGCAGUACUCGGCGGGACAGACCUCUCACUGUCGACUGUUAUACAAGCUAUGGUCGACAGUGAGAGUGCAUGGGACGGAGUCGCUUCCUUCUGUGAACAAGUCAUGUUGGCAAAGGAAGCGGCUGAAAGGGAGAGGGAAUCAAGAUCUCUUCCCUCCCGCCGUAGACGCGCCAAUCGUCAGCGUCGUGAGGCGGCAGCCGAUCUACGACCUCCGUAGGAAAGGCCUACGGGCGACUGACUAGGGGAGUCAGACGUCCGCUGUAUAGGCGAGAGUAGGCGUUAGCGUAGUGUUCCACGCGCGCCACUCGAGGAAGGGAAGCAGCCUCCCAGGGCCGCUAACGUGGCGGGACCUGCCGCAAACAUAGCGGUAGGUCGAAGCCUGCCGGGUGCGGUGAAUCCGUGAGGGCAGCCCGGAUCACGGCCACAGGCAGUGGAGGAACACCGCGGUGGUUUUAGCCGGUAAGAGUCCGGCACACCCCUCCGUCGUCCCCACGGCGUGGGAAGUCCAUGAGGAUUUCCAUCGCGAUACAAAAAAAAAAA